GGCUCCAAAGGUUAAAUGAACCUGGAAAAAGACAUAGAUGCCGCUUUGCAGCCUCUCCAGAUGUUUGGGGAUAAUACUCCAGAGAGAAACUGAUCCUUUCGGAUUAGCGGUAGCUAGUCAUAAUGAAGAAAAUUAGUCUUAAAACCUUCCGGAAAUCUUUUAAUUUGAAUAAAAGCAAAGAAGAAACUGACUUCAUGGUAGUCCAGCCACCGUCAUUAGCCAGUGACUUUGGAAAAGAAGACUCCUUGUUUGGUGGCUGCUAUGGUAAAGAUAUGGCCAGCUGUGAUCUCAACGAUGAGGAGAAGGGGGGGAAACCCAGAUCCAAGAGCGAGAGCUUGAUGGGCACCCUGAAGAGGCGGCUCUCGGUGAAGCAGAAGCCUAAAGGCAAAGGCAGCACGCCCCCUGGGGGGGGCUCCGCCGAUGACGACACCUUCUCCUCCUCCUCCGCCCCCAUCGUCUUCAAGGAUGUCAGAGCCCAGAGGCCCAUCAGGUCCACCUCCCUCCGCAGCCACCACUACAGCCCCACACCCUGGCCUCUGCGGCCCACAAACUCCGAGGAGACGUGCAUCAAAAUGGAGGUGCGAGUCAAGGCUUUGGUUCACUCUUCCAGCCCCAGCCCAUCCCUGAAUGGCGUGCGAAAGGAUUUCCACGACCUUCAGUCGGAAACUGUGUGCCAGGAGCCAAGCAUUCCACUCAAGAGUUCUGAUUCCCCCACGGGAGACCUGCGUCUCCACCUGGACGAUCACGUGCCUGUAGUUAUUGGACUUAUGCCUCAGGACUACAUUCAGUAUACCGUGCCUUUAGACGACGGGAUGUACCCUUUGGAAGGAUCGAGGAGCUAUUGUCUGGACAGUUCUUCACCCAUGGAGGUCUCUGCGAUUCCUCCUCAGGAGGGAGGGAGCUCUUUCCCAGAAGAAGAGAAUCAGGUAGACCAGGACCUCGUCGUUGGCCCAGAGAUCUUUGUGGAUCAGUCUGUGAAUGGCUUACUGAUUGGCACCACAGGAGUCAUGUUGCAGAGCCCCAGAGCAAGUCAUGAUGAUGUCCCUCCACUCUCACCAUUGCUACCUCCAAUGCAGAAUAGUCAAAUCCAAAGGAACUUUAGUGGACUCACUGGCCCAGACGCCCAUGUGGCUGAAAGUAUGCGCUGUCAUUUGAAUUUUGAUCCUAACUCUGCUCCUGGGGUUGCCAGAGUGUAUGACUCUGUGCAGAGCAGUGGUCCCAUGGCUGUGACAAGCCUGACAGAGGAGCUGAAGAAACUUGCAAAACAAGGGUGGUAUUGGGGACCGAUCACACGCUGGGAGGCAGAAGGGAAGCUGGCAAAUGUGCCAGAUGGCUCUUUUCUUGUGCGGGAUAGUUCUGAUGACCGUUACCUUUUAAGCCUGAGCUUUCGCUCCCAUGGUAAAACACUUCACACUAGAAUCGAGCACUCUAAUGGUAGAUUUAGCUUUUAUGAACAGCCAGAUGUGGAAGGACAUACGUCUAUAGUAGAUCUAAUUGAGCAUUCAAUCAGGGACUCUGAGAACGGAGCUUUUUGUUAUUCAAGGUCCCGGUUACCUGGAUCUGCCACUUACCCUGUCAGACUGACCAACCCGGUGUCACGGUUCAUGCAGGUGCGCUCUCUGCAGUACCUGUGUCGUUUUGUUAUACGUCAGUAUACCAGAAUAGAUUUAAUUCAGAAACUGCCUUUGCCAAACAAAAUGAAGGAUUAUUUACAGGAGAAGCACUACUGAACGAUUGCAAACCCUGCAUCUUGCACUUUGGGAAUAAGAAAAAGAGAUUGAAAUACAGUUUACAAACUUUCAACGCCAUCAAAAUCCUUUGCUGCCAUAACUAUUUUAGUUUUAUGUGUAAAAGCGUCAUAGAUUUCUUUAGGGGUAGGGAAGUGUCUUCAAGGUGUUGUAGGUUUAUUUUGGUUCUUUAAAAAGGGUUGUCUUGAGGUUCUAGAAGUGUGAAUUACGUUCAUUGCAGAAUAAUCACAAUGUGAAUUAUCAGAUUUUCCUUAAUCCCCUAGUCCUUUGCUGCUAUCCACUGUGAUUUUUAUGCAUUAAAAGCACAUUUCAUGUGUAUUCAACCCUAAGUUGAAUGAAACUUAGCAAAUGAAAAUUGCUGUCUUUAAAUAGCCCGUUUUCAAAUGAUAAUGUUGAAUAAACGUGUGUGUGAUAAAACACUGAAAACGAUUUGUUAAUCUCAUACUAUAAAAAGAUGAUUCAGAAAUAUGAAUUGGCAUAAUCUUGGCUAAUGGAAUGCAAAUCUACAACACGUUUUACACACUUUUCUAAAUUUUUUAAGGUAUGCUAAAUUUUUUUAUUAUGAAAGGUAGGAUCUUUCUGUUGCCUUCAUUUUCAUCUUGUCUCUUUUAAUAAAUGGCCUUACAUUAAAAUUGUAAAGAAAUAUAUACCACCAGUUCAGAAAUUGUUGCCUUUUCUGUCCUUCAACUCGGGUACAAGUUGGCCUAAGUUAAAGAGUCGUGGAACCACAACUGUUGUUGUAGAAAUAAAAGAUAACUGUACUCUCCUGAGCACUUUUCUGUUAUCUAGACUUUGCUUACAUGUUUCAUCAGAUUUCUUUAGUUUACUCAGCCUUUUUCUUUGGUGAAUUUGAUUGUACAACUAAUUUUCAUAUAUGGAUUAUCUUAUAACAUUAGAAAUAUAGUUUUAAAUGGAUUUGACUAUAAAAGCUUGUUUUACAGAUUUUGUUUUCUAUAGUCACCACUAAAAGGUGCUAGAUCUGACCACUUGCCCCCACUUAAAAUGAACCAUAAUUUUUAGAAUAUCAUGUGAGAAAAAUUGUUAAACCAUAUCAACUGAGUGGAAGUCCUUUUUCCUGUCACAUAUGCUACCAAUUAAAAAGACAGAGUGUUUUUUCCCCCUCUGCCAGCCGAAGAAAGGGUAUAAUGCCUAAUCAUUUCUAGUUACUUUGAAAUCCAGAGCAUUUAUUCAGUUCAUGAUUCUGUGAUGUAUUUAAAGACUGCCCCAACUGGGAAAUGCUCCUAGUGAUACAAGCUUUAAGGAAAAGUAUUCCAUCUUCAAUGGAGCAUGUAGUUUGAGAUGUCUCUUCCUUUUGUGACUUCUAGUUUUCCUCUCUCACCUCUUCUCAAUAAAUACAAGGAGAAAGCUUGGGUCAAACAGACUGGCUUUGCAAUUCAUAUAUAACAAUCUGUUUUCUAUGUGUUUCUUCAGGACAGAAUUGAGAUCCUACCAAUAAAAGGCAUAAUGCCAUAAUAUGAUGUGGUGGUAUUUUUAUUUAAAGGGGAAAAGGUACUUAAUAUUGGUGGAAUGUUGAUUGUACCUUGUUACAAAGACUCAUUUUCUAUUAUGUUUUCCCCUAAUGAGAUGGAAUAUGAGAUAUACUAUAAUAAUAUAAUUUAAGUGUUCACUAUAAGCUAUUUGGAUUAAGAACUAUUGCAGAGUUGUAGGCAUGUCAAAUUAAUGCAAGACAUUUAGCUAUUUUUUUGCAGAAUUAUUUAUUUUUUAAACAACUGAAAAUAUAUCUAGGAUAAGUUGAAAGUCCCUGUGCGUUUGUGAGAUCAGGUGUCGUCACGGAGUUGCUGUGUGUUGAUGGUAGAUUGUCGAGAUGGCUUCUCUGUGUGUCCCAUUUCACAUCUCCCCCCAGAGCCCAUGACGUACAGAGGUCUCCGAACCACCCCAGCCUGACUCACGGAUAUAGGCUGGCUUCAGUUUUUCUCACAAUGCCGUGUGUUUGAUGUACCCAGUUAGUCUCAUUUUUAUUCAGAUACUUUAAAAAUUGUAUUUGCUGUGCUCUGGAGGGCACGUUUGAGGUUCUAAUGGGAAAAGCCAUUAGAGGAAUGUGCCCUGUUCUAGUCCAGUUUGAAAUUGUUAGUUCUUGGAGAAAAGUCAGUGAACUUGCUAAGAAAUUAAGUUUACAAGCCGACAAGACGUAUUAUGACAUUUUCUACUUUUGUGUAGAUAGAGAUCCACUUGACAUCAUAGUCCAGUGCCUUGCGGGCAUCUGACUUCGUCUGGGAAGAGUGGACAGUGGGGAAAGAGAGAAGUCCUCGUCCUUUAGCAAGUCUCCAUACAGUUGGGUUAAAACUUUGGAUUCGGUUUGUUAUCUUGGAUGAUGUAGACACAACCUGUGAGUGAUGCUUAACAAUCUGAAGACAAAAUGAGAAUGCUCUAUCCAUUUAUUGUGACGGUUGAAUCAGGAUUUUUAAAAUUAGAUAUUUGAUCACAAAGCAUGAUGGAAGCUGGAAAGUGUUUUGAGGCUUCGGACAGUGAGCUGUUGUCACAGGUAAGAAGGCUAUAGGAAGUACUUGAAAGAUCUUUUUCUCUAAGUAAAACAGUUCUCUUUUUACUUGGUGCAAUAAUGAAAAAACUUAGAUCACUUCUACCAUCACCGGAAAUGACCAUAGAACUAAAAAUGUUUUAAGGAAACCAGCUGUACAGAGCAGCCUCUUGCUGUUGAAUAAAGUUCUGUGCCCAAAGCAUAUAUCAUUGGCUUAUAGGAAAUAAAACAGAAUAGGUAUGACAGUUUCUGAGCCAGUAUUAAUUGAAACAGGAUCCAAGUUACUCAGAUCUUCAUGGUUUCUGUAGUCUGUCUACUAGUAUUACAAGUCUGUCUUAGCAACAGUGCUUUCAGGAGCAUGGCUAAAUUACUGUAUAUUUCAUAUUUCUGAGAGAUACCACUUCAGCAAAGAUUCAGAAUAACGUUUUGAUUUCAAUCUUAAAUUUUUCAUCGAAUGUGAAGUGUUGAUUGAAAGUGAAAUCACACUACCAGCAAUAGACAGUUUUGUUGAAUUAGAAGGAACAAUACCCAGUUCCAUAAAUAACAUUGAAAUUAUAAAGGCACUGGUACGUUAAUAAUCACAAAUUGUUUUCUUAAUACUUUUUUAAUCUUGUAAAGAAAGUUUUUAUAAGCAUCCUUUUUAUUGACCAAUCAUAACAUGGCAAAAUGUAUAAUUGCUGUUUCCAAAUGCUACAUGCAGAGAUGAGGAGAAAUUCUUAGAAAAUUUUGUAAUAGCAUACAUGUUGGGUUAAAGAAGUCUCACAGUUAUUGGAGUGCCAUGAAAUUAAUACUUGCAAUCCAGAUUGCUGUAGUUUACACUUUUUCCUGUGUGUUUCAAAUCAGGUGUGUACCAUUUGUACUGAAAACACCACAGAAUGAGCUAUCCAAAGUCCAUUGAUUUUAAUAUGUGUUUUGGUUUGUAAAAGAAUUAUAGUAAUUUCUUGCACAUUUUUGGAAAUUGUAUAAGAUUUUAUGUAUCUACUUCUAGAUACAGUGUGUAAAUAAAAAUCCGUUCACAA